GAGAGAUUCUGUGGUGUCCCAGAUUUUGACAGGAGUUGUGCAUUUUUUUACAUACUUGCUGAGGCUGUCCAAUAUAUAUAUACAUAUUUGCAGAUCCAACACACAGGUCUCAAACAGUCAGAGAUUAGUUACUUUUUGCUAUGCAAUAUGCCUCUUAGACAAACACAUUGAAUGAAUCGAAUAUGAGCAUACAUAUUUUUGUGAAACUGCUGUAAUGGAAAUUAAUGUACAACAGAGGUCAUCAGAAUGGUUUGAGUUGAGAAAAUCUGUUGAGCUGACAGCAUCAAACUUUGGUGAAGCUUUGGGUGUUGGGCGAGGUAAACCAUAUGACUUUCUUGUUUAUUACCUCACAGAAGAAGAGGAAGAAGAGACAUCUAGUUCAGCUCAACAUGGUAUCAACAUGGAAGUUAUCAUUAGUGAAAUGUACCAGAUUUUAACAGGAAACCAGACAAGGGAAACUGGAUUAUGGAUACCAGUUAAGGGAGAUGACCUAGAAGGUUUAGUUGGAGUAUCUCCCGAUGCAGUUAUUUUGGAUAAUGCUAGGAAACCAGUUGGUCUAUGUGAAUUUAAAGCACCUGUCUUCUCACUGUAUGGACAAAAUGCUCCACAUGGCAUACCUAGACAUUAUAUGGCCCAAAUACAAGGUCAGAUGGGUGUUUCUAAAUUACCUUGGUGUGAUUUUCUAGCUGUCUGUGUGAGAACCAAAAGUCUUAUAUUAAAACGGGUGCAUUAUUGUCAAGAUUACUGGGGUAAUGCUUCAAAAAUGCUGAAAGAAUUUUGUCUUGCAAUAAAGGAAGCCAGGCAGAAUGGAGGCAAUGUAGAAAAGCUUAACAAUGAGUUCAUCAACCAGCUGAAACAAAAAGGAACAAACUACUCUAAAUUUCUGAGUGGAGAAUCCAGUAUACGUGUGGAAAACCUGCUUAAAGUAAAUACCAUUAACAAAACCUUCGCUGGACCUUCAGAUGUUUGGUUUACAUUUGAUUGUUUGAUGGGUAAUCACAUAGACUUCCCUCCUGCUACAAGAGACUUUAUAGAUCACAGAAUUAAAGAAAUUGACAGGGAGAUUAGGUUUAAAGAUCAAUAAUUUGAGACAUAGGUUAUUUCAUGUAUUGACUACAGAAAUUUUAGACUUUCCGUUAUAGAAUUGUCCUAUGGCAGCUUGAGUUAUAUCUAGAUCUGUUAUUAUGAUUUUUUUAGCAAAUGAAUUACUUAAGAGAUAUGACCUGAUUAGUUAGUUCUUAAAUCAUUUGUAAUUUAUGAAAAUGGCUUUGUAACAGGGGAAUGUUUUAUACCAGUAAAGGUAUUUAGAUAGUUAACUCUUUCAAAUAUUAUAUGAUAUUUUUGUACAAAUGUAUUACUAUUUUAUGGGAAUAUUACAGAAAAUAUACUUGUGUACAAAGAAUAUUGAAAUGAUGCUUACAUGCUUGCUAGCUAGGUGAACCAUAAAAUCAAUAAAACCUUUGUUUACUACCAAGUGGAAGAAGAGCAAAAGUUAAUGCUAGCCAAUCAAAUUAUGAGACAGGUAUAAGUAAGAAGGUGACUGAAAAACCAGGCAAAAAGAUGCAACUUUAGUCAUGAAGUACCAGUUUUCAUACAAUUUGAAUGAUAAAAACCAUGAAAGUGAAGUAAUUAUUUAUGAACAUACUUGUUUUUGUAUGGGAUGGAGUUAAAGAAAGGAAAGAGAAAGCACUAGAGAUAAUAAUACCUUGCAAUAAUAUUAAUAUACUGCUUAUUCAUGGCAUUAUCUAUUGAUUUCUUAUCCUCACAUUCGGGAAGAAUUGAUUCAAAUGUAUAGAAAAAACCCGUUAAAAUAGGAAAAAGGAACUUUUCACAUUAAAAUGUUUCGUGACAAUUCUACUUUUUGUAAACAAACCAUUUAUGGGUACAUUAAUUCUAAACAGGAAGUAAGAUUUAAUUGAGAAGUUUCCAUUUCAGAACAGUAUAAUUUGAUUAAUAUACUUGUUGUAUUGUACAAAAGUUUUGGCAAAUGAAAUCACAUUGGGUAGAGUAAAUUCCAGUGUCAAACUGGUUCAACCAAGAAGAAUAAAAAGUUGGCAACUGUAGCCUUAUUUAGACUAUUUCUGGGUGUUUGAAGGUACCUAGUAAUUAUAUAAUCAAAAAUGGUCAUAAAAUGUGAUCACAUGAUAAUCAAAAAUACCAUUCUACUCUUGUGAUUAAAUUUUGUUAGUGAAAACUGCUUUGAUGCUGCAUAAUGAAAUACUGUUAAUUCAGAAAUUAUUGUGAGGUUUUUAUUAAUGCAAAUAUAUGUGACCUGGUGAUUAUUGCAAUAAUAAGAACUCUCAUUCUGAUAUCUGUUUGCAGAUUUUCCUGAAAUUGCAAUAUACAUGUAUAAUUAAUCUCACAUUUUUGUCUACAUGUAUAUUCUUCAAAAAUUGCAAUAAUAAAUUCAUGCAAUAAUUUCUGAAUUUACAGUCACUAUUGCAUUUUUGAGUUGUUAUAUGUAUUCUUACAUUCAUUCUUAUAGCGACCAAUUACAAUUGUAAUAAAAAAACUCAUUAGAGGCCUUAUUAUUGGUAACUAUAUAAGGUUCAUUAAAUUGUAACUGAUGACAAAUGCCAGAUCAUUUUUUAAAAAGAAAUUGGUUUCUGAACUAAGUAGUAUUGUACAGCCUUGCCUUCCAUUCUUGUGAUGUAACCUUUAUUUCCAUCAAUUUUUGUUGUUACGGCAAAGUUUACAUACUUAGGUUACAGUUCAGUCUUUUACAACCAGCAAAAUAUAUGCAUUUUUUUUCAAUUUAAAUUGUAAUUUCCUCACAAAUUUGUCAACCCAAUAUUUGUUUGAAUGAUAUGUUUAAUAAUUUAAUUCUGAUAACAUUGUGGUUUUAAUGAUAUGAAGUAGCUGGAGGUUAUCAUAUAUUUUUUACUGUUUAAACCGUUAAUUUGAAAUGAAUUUUACUAUUUAUUUGAUGUUUACAGUUAUUGUACAUGUUGUAAAGUAUGAAUGAUGUAUGAGUUAUAAUGAAAAACUAGAUGUCUGCAGAGUCACCACAAUAGGCUUAGUUUUUACCGCUUUUUUUCAUUCUGUAGAUGUUGAGAUUUAUUGAUUUCUGCAAAUAAACAAAUCUGUUGACUUAAUUUUAUUUUCAUAUUUUUAAAACUGAAAUAUAUAUACAGCAAUCAUUUUUGAAAAUAAUUCUGUGACAGAUUUUUGAGAAAUUGCAAAUAAAAGUGAAAAUGCAUAUUUUUUGCUCCUUUUAGGUACACAUGCCUCUCUAUAUUUGUUAUUAUUAGCAGUGAUUAAAUCAUACAUGAUAUCAAAUGCUUUCACUUAUUUCAUCAGGUCAUUGUGUCUUUCUAUGACUUAUAGUUUAUUAUCAAAUCAAAUGAACUAUUUUUUUAAUUGAGAAACAAGCUUAAUAUGAUAAUAUCCUAUAGUUUUUUAAUCUUGAAAAAGCUCAGCAAAGUUCAGAACGUAUUUAAGACGAUUCAUACAUAUUUCCUGGGAAGUUUUGAAUAUAUAAUACAUUAUUAUAUCCAAAGAUAAUAUGUGUUUUUAGCUCCACUUUAUAUGCACAUGAUUUCAUAAAUUAGUGAUAAAUUUGAUUUUUCAUUAUUUAAUUCUGUAUCUGAAUGAAUUGAUUUUGAAACCUUGGAUCAUGUGGAUAAAAUGGAAAAUAUUUAUUUAUCAGUCCCAACUUAUUAUUCUAAUAUAAAACACUCAAUGUAUUAAUAGUUAAAUUAUAUUUACAUGUACUUUACAACAACUUUUAUUCUGACUUUGAUAAAAAAAAAAUGCUUUCAGUUAAAAUGUUUUCAUUAGUGCUUUUAAAUUUCUUUUAGUUAAGUUUUGAAUAACUUACUUGUUGCUUAUUGUUUAUUUAUUAUAAUUUUGUAUCUUUGAUGACCUUAAAACCAGUUUGUCCUGAGGCUAAUCCAAUGUGGAGUAGCUAUUUUGAAGAAUUAAAAACAGAUAUAAUAUA